AAUGUAUCACGACCACCACGACCGCGUACUUUGACCUCAGCAGCGUUCAGACGUCCUUCAACAUCUACUGCUAGCCCAGGUGAUGUACUUACAGAUUCCAGUUAAGCCGGUGCCAGUGUCGAAAGCACCAGGGCGUCUUUACCUGUGCAUUGGCAGCGUAUUGGUGUUGUCACAAGAUGCGCAUGGUGAAAAAAGAACACCGCGACGCCAGUGGCAGUAUGGCAGCUAUGCCAACAGAGACUGCCUGGCGCCGACGCUUACCUCCGGAAACAUGGGACAGCAUCGUUGAAUAUCUCCGGGAUGACCAUGACGCGCUUAUGGCAUGCAGUCUUACCAGCUGUACCCUGCUUCCCUCAUCUCGACGCCACACGUUCCAUCUUGUCUCUCUCCACAAUGCCAGCCGUUACCACUCGUUGAAAGCUAUACUUAGCAAACCCAACUACGUGGAGCAAUAUGUCCGUGCACUCGCCGUUCAUGCAUACAAGGUUCCGGCCAAUGGCGAAUGGCUAUUACUCCUGUCGAAGCUGGAUCGUCUCGCGCACCUGAAGCUAUAUCGAUUCUCGUUCUCCAUUCCUUACAAGCUGAAGAAGGAUAUAUGCGCCCUUAUCAGCACGUUUAUCUGGGAUCCCGACACCGCCUCUGCGGCACAAAGCUCGUCCUUGGUCAUGCUCACCGAAUGGUUCGCGAGAGCGCAGUGGCGCCUACGGAGAAUUGCCAUCGGUCAGAUUCAUUCGAAGUCUACUCCACUGAUCCACGCACAAAGGGUGGUCAGCGACGCAGGCGACUCCCUAGAGCACCUGUUUCUCGAGUUCGCGGACGGUCGUAAUGUCCCAGCUGUCUCUCUCGACCUUCGCAACAACGCUCGUCUCAGGACGCUUCACCUCGUGGUCCCUAUCCGUCGCUCGAGCACCCGCGACACGCUGGGUGACCUCAAUCCAUCGGAGACUAUACUCCGCGACCUCUGCGUCACCCGUCCCCUCAUCAAGUUCACGUUCUGCUUCGAUCUCAGGAUCAGCAUCUUGUCGGCCUUGCCGCUCACGCAUUUCCCUGAAGAGCUGCGUGCGGAGGCUUCAUCUAUCGUGGCCCUCUGUGCGACCAUGGUCUCCGAACUCGCAGCGAAACUCCCGUGUCUUCAGGGACAGGAGGAAGGGCGCGGUUUGGGAUCCCUCUCUAGAGCAACUCCCGAUGGACAGUGCUAUUCGUCGCAACACUUGCUUGCUCCAUGGAACUCCUGAGACGGAGCCUUCACGCAGCAGCGAAGAUGCAAGUGCCUUUUCAGAGUGACGCGAAGGCCAAGGGAACGCAAGAUGCGACGUUUCUUCGCAAAUGAUUGCACAGAAUGGAUUGUAACAUAUGUACCAUGCGUUCGCUAAUACUUACUAUACCUGCGAGUCUCAAUCCAUUUGGUCUCCGAACUAUGCCAGGCAUCGGCAAAUUGUUGUCAAUAUUCGAGUUCUUGUACCCGGCCACCCCAGUUUUGCGCAGCGUCCGGGUCAUACUCAAAGAGAUCCGUCCCAUAAAACAUGAAGAACGCCUCC